CACAGUCUCGUAGCCCACACUUUUGAUCUCCACAAAAACGUGAACCAAACACCUUCCUUUUUUUCCCUGUCCGCUCCACCUUGUUUUUUCACUGAACCACGGUUACAGUUGUCCUAAAUCACAAAUCACUCCACUUGUUCACCUCUCCCUAGGGUUUAUAUGAUCAUCUCUCUCCUUUAAAUCUCUCUACACACAUAUACGCAUAUACACAUACAUAAACAUAUAUCUAUUUAUAACUCACUCUUCACAUGGAGCCUCUCCCAGUGGGAUACAGAUUCAGGCCAACAGACGAGGAGCUAAUAAAUCACUAUCUCAGGCUUAAAAUAAAUGGAUUCCACAAGGAAGUUGAUGUUAUUCGCGAGGUUGAUAUUUGUAAAUGCGAGCCCUGGGAUUUACCUGAUCUGUCAAUGGUAGAAUCAGUAGAUAAUGAGUGGUUCUUCUUCUGUCCUAGGGAUCGAAAGUACCAGAGUGGGCAACGAUCCAAUAGAGCAACAGUAGCUGGGUAUUGGAAAGCCACUGGUAAAGACAGGUUUAUCAAGUCUACUAGAGGAACGAAUGUGAUUGGUAGAAAGAAGACUCUAGUCUUCUAUACAGGGCGUGCUCCCAGGGGUAAUAGGACUCAUUGGGUAAUCCAUGAGUACUGUGCUACUGAAGAUGCCCUUAACGGGAACCAUCCUGGACAGAGUGCCUUUGUAAUCUGUCGUCUUUUUAAGAAGCAUGAUGGGAAACUAGAUGAGGUGACUGAAAGUUCCAACUGUGAUGAAUAUGAGCAAAAAGUUUCAUCUUCCACUGUUAAGCUUUCUGCUGAAGAUACUCAAUCAGAGCAAGAGACUCCCAUGUCAAGCCCGCAAGCUGGUGUGCAAUCGUCGAGAAUGAAAGGGGAUUUAGAUGAAAGUAUUAUGAAUAUAUUUGCUGACAACCACAUAACUACUGACCGGCGCAACAAUAUUUGUCCCUCCAAUGAGGCUACAGGUCAUGGGAUGGGCAAUAUACCUAUCCAGGCAGAUAAAGGCAUGGAGAUUGCAUUAGGAGAUUUUAGUGAACUACAGGACCUUCCGGGUUCGAAAAUCUUCUCUCCCUUACACAUGCAGAUGAGUAAUGAGUUUGGAUCUGUUUUUUUCCCGAAUCCCGUUUCUUUCAGCUAUGAAAAUAUGCCAGUGCCGUUUCAGUAUGGUUCAAAUUCUGCGGACAUGGCUGCGUUUCUAGUUAGUUCAGGUGAUUGUUCUAGCAGUCGCCAGAUUCCUGGUAUUAAUUGUGAACCACAAAAGUGCACUAAUGAUCACAGGGAUUUUGUUAAUACGGCUACGGGUUCAUGCUGGGAGUCGGAUCUUGAAAUAUCUCAACGACGGAUAUUGACGCCUGCAGAAAUGUGUUCAAUGCCUGAUGGCAUCAAUCAAGAAGGGAGGAGGAAUGUUUCCUUCCCACAGAAUGCAAGUAAUUCUUCAGCUGCCGUGUCUGUUGAUGACCAAGUCUGUAAUUUACAGAAUCUUGAAGAAUCUCGCACCUACAACAAUGCAGUUGAUGGUGAUGAUUAUACUCGAACUGGAAUUAAAAUUAGGCCUCGGCAAACUGAUAAUCAAGCAGUUGCUCGUAAAAUUGUGUUGCAAGGAAUUGCAUCCAAAAGAAUCCGCUUGCAAAAUAAAUCUAGAGUCAGGUCAAUUUCUCGCAGGCUGCCUAAAACUUUGAGUUAUGAUAACGAAAAGUGUGAUGCAAGAGCUUCAUUUAUUGAGGCUAGAGAUGCGGACGAGCAUCCUGCUACGUCAACUGCUGCCUCUUCCAGAACAGAUGAAUUCGAGGGAGUUUCGCUAGCCCAAUCUAAUUAUGGAGGAAUUGUUCGUAAACUGCCUACAAGAUCGACUGGCAAACUAACUAACGUUCCAGCCGUGUUCUUGAAGAAGGCUCCUGUUUAUUGCUUCGCUUCUUCAUAUUUGCAUCAAUGGAGAAUACUGGCGGCUGCAGGUUUGGUGAUAGUAGUAGCUGGCAUCUGUGGGAAGCUUCUGCUAUAGGGCGGUCCUUGAAGGAAGCUGGACUGUGUAUAAUUAGCCCAGUUAGUUUUGUUUAUAUAUAUUCAUAUUAAUCUGUAGUGAAGUUUCAGAUAAAAAGUAUGCAACGCAUUGCAACUCCGUAGGUAAAUUAUUUUGGUUGUCUUGUUAAUUUCUAAUUUUUAUUGUAUUUAGAUUCAUCUAGUUAAUAUGAAGAGUAAUACACUUUCUUGACCUAUCAGUAGAAUUGACUUUUCUA